AUGGCGGUCUUCUUGCAUCAGCUGUGUUGGAGAAAUGCCCUCACAAAUAGAGUCUUCAGUGUAUCCAAACAUUUUUUUCCUUCAAUCAGUCUUCAUCGGUAUUCUUUAUUGCAUGCGGGUCAAGAGAGAGUCUUGUCGACGUCGGUUAAAGCUCGUGAACUCGAAGAAGGUGCACCACGUGGCUUACCAAGCGCUCGUUCACCUUCUUCAAAUUACAAUAUCAACCUAAGAAAAAUUUACGUUGGCAAUCUCUUUAAAGGACAGACUACCAAAGAGAAUCGUCAAAUCGCAAAGGACGAGUUAUUCAAAUACUUUUCGACUUUUGGUGAAGUUGAGCUCAUGGAAUUUCCUACUAAAUCUCCUCGCAAUCCGUCCGGUCGAGGAUUUGGGUUCGUGACAUUUCGCGAUGUACAUGUUGCUCAGAAAGUCCUGGCAGUCGAAGAGCCUCAUAUAAUUGAUGGUCAGACUCUCAAGGUGGCUCCUUUAAGAAAUCAAACUAUGGCUAUUCAAGGAAAAAGAAAUCUUACUGUUCUUGUGAAAAAAGUUUUAAGAAGUACAAGCAAACAAGCAAUCGAAGAUCACUUUUCUCAGUUUGGUAUAGUAAACAAGGUGUUUUUGGCUCAGCAUGAUCCAGCAGAUGAAAAUCUAAGCAGCUACUAUGUCAUGUUUGCAUCGUUAUCAGGUGUGCAUGAAGCCUUACAACUACCACUACAAAGAAUCGGGGAGCAAAGAACUGAAUCGGAAGUGAUGGAAUUUCCACAGUCAAGCCAUAUCAUUGGAAAAACCAAAAAGCUGGUCCUAACGUCAGUACCAGACCAGAUUACUGUUGAAAAUUUGAGAGAUCACUUCCUGGCAUUUGGGGAUGUAGAGUGGGUGGAAUUACUUGUCAAUAUCCCACUCAUGUCUGGUGAAGAGGGCAAACGCAAUGUGGCCUUUAUUCGUUUCUCUUCUGCAGCUGUAGUAGAAGAAAUAACACAAAAGAGUUAUCAUGUCAUUAACGGAUUAGAUGUAAAUGUUGCAAAACAUAGAGACCAAGCUGUUGACCUCCCAGAUAAGCUCCGGCAUUUGAAACUGUCAGUGGAAGGCCUUCCAUUAUCAACAGGUGUAGCUCUUAUAAGGCACUACCUUAAAAAAGCUUUUGACAUUGUGCCAAUUGGAGUAUUUUUUGACAGGCGUCAAGUACUUAGAAAUAACCAGACUCCUUGCAUUGUUAGGUUUUCAGAGCAAAACGAGGUAGACAUGGUUCUACGAGAACCAAAGGUCACAUUUGAAGGAACUACAUUGCAUUUCCGUCGACUUGUUUGGAGAAAUUCAAGAAAAAACUCUGAUGUAGUAGGGAAUUAAAAAUUAAUUAAAUGAACUAAAGAGAUAAGCAACUAGCCUGUAUUGCAGACAUAAUUUAACCUUGCUUAGGAACAUCUACAAAGCAGCAUUGUGAUCCUUGUUGUGGGUCCCCCAGAGACUUAAUGAAUUUGUGUUUUGAAUUUCCUUUCAUCCUGAUUGGCAAACUGACAAUGGCUUUUCUAACAGGUCAGUCAUGAUGUGUGUUCAAAUCCUGGUAGACAGGAAGGGGCCCUGAACAAGGAUUCCAAUGCUUGUUUAGUAGAUGGACUUAACCAGAGUUAAGUUUUGUCUGUGAUGCAGGCUAAUAACUCAUCCAGUUAUGUGUUGAUAAAUCAUUAUUUUGAUAAUCUAUUGCUAAUCCUUUGGCUGUCAUCAGUAAAACUUCAAAUAUUAAUUAUUUUAACCAAACAGAUAGCUCUGAACAGCCUUUUCCCUCUCUCUUUGUAGCAAAUGUAUUUUCUUAUUUACAGGCUAUGAAGCAAAGUUUGAAUAGAGUUUUUUUAAGAUAUACUAAGACAAAUAAACUUGACUUUGAUGUAAAUGUGAGCAUGGUGAACAUGACUUUUUCCCCCAUUGUGUUUGACAAUUUUCACUGGACUCUGUUCUUUGUAGAAAAAAUUGGCUUACAAACAGUAGAGGUAAACAACAAUCAUAAUCUGUCAUAAAAGCUGUUAAUAUCUCAAAUGAUACAAGGAACAAUGCAUUUCAGAUUAAGUUCACGGUCCACAUGUACUUAACCUCCAACAGAGACAGAGAAUUUAUGUUUUUAUGGCUUGUCUGAUUUUCCUCCCCCUAAGAUAUCUGAUGAAUGAAGCAGCCAUUUGUUUAAAAAGCCAAGCAUUCUCUGUAUCACAUGGAAUCAAUCAUCAAGCCAUACAAAAGCUGGAUAACACUACCACCGGAUAAAUCUCUGUCCAAUGUUUCACGCAAUAUUAAUGGCACAUUGACAACAGCAAUAUUAGGGCCAUUUAUACGAGGAAAAAUAAGACGCGUCUUACACAAGACGUGUCUUAAAUGAGACGCGAACUGUACCAUUUAUACGAGCAUGUCUUAUCUAAUAAGACGCGUCUUAGCUAAGCCGCGUCUUAUUUUAGACGAAAUGUGCCGUUUAUACGGAAAGUUCGCAUCUACUGGAUAGUGCAAUUGAUUGCCCUUAUGCUUAUCCACGGGAUAGUGAUUGAUCCAAUGGAUAGCGUUAUCCAGCUUUUGAAAAACUGGGGCCAGAUAGUUAUUCUGCGAGUAAGUCAUGGCCAGAGGGGGUGGGAAAAAAAUGCUUGCAGGCUACAGUCUUUUUGAUUGUAUAAGAAUAUCGAGACUGAAAUUUUCGAAAAAUUAAGAAUAUUUUAGGAAUAAAGCCCAGGCUGAGAUUUUGAAAUGGAUGUUGUUUUCUGUGUUAAAGAUCUCUAAAUAAAGUACAGUUUAUUAUACCUUUUUAACUGAUUCCUUUCUCUAAAUGGCAAAACUAGCCAACAAAACGAAAAAACCUGCACUAGCUGUAAUUGAUAUCAGACUUUAAAUUUAGUCAUCCGCCUUUUACAUAGCUUUUCCCAGAUGGGCCCUUGUCUUGGCUCUUACACCAGCUCAGGGCAGUUCUUUAUUGGAAGGAGAGCUGCGGUAUGAUGGCCCUGAAGAAGUUUGCGUGGAAGGCUAGACCAUGAUCGUCAGUGGUCAUUUGAUUCAUUUGCAUCGUUUUUUCCCAGUUUUGGCUGUUUACCAGUCUCGUCCCCAGAGCUCUUCCGCACAUGAUGGCACUAGGGUCAAGCAGAUGGUGUGUGGCAUCAUGGCAUCAUUCUCAUCCCCAAUGCUUAGGGGUUUGGGAAUGUGCGCGUGAGAUCUCUCUCCUCUACAUGCGCAGAAGAGCUCUGGGUCGAGAUUGAUUGUGGCAUCUUUUGCCACUCGCCUGGGGGUCGAGAUUGGCUGUUUAUAAGGUGUUCACGAGUCUCGAGUGCUUUUCUCGAUUCCCGCGAGACCGCGGCUAAAAAGGAGUACUGGCACGACGAAAGUGCUUCCCAUGAUUCAUUUCGUACUUAA